AUUACUUGCAUUACACAUAACGGUUUUGUAGAAUCAAUUAUUUUUACAAAAUAUUAUAUAUAUGUGAUAAUUUUCUUCUUGAUAUUAAUUUUUUAUGUAUCAACCAAACAAAUGUAAUAUGUAAGUCUUUGGUAAUGAUUAAAAUAUUACAUAGACAUAUGUAUGACGUAUAUCUUUCCUAAUGAUUAAGACACUACCUAACACUUAUUUAUGUAUUUUACAACAGUAAUUUUAUAAAUUAUUUGAUUUCAGCUAAAUUAUUAAAUAAGUGGAAGAAGUUAUAAAUAUAAUUAGUUUCUUACCGCAGCGAAGCGCGGGUCAAAAACCUAGUAAUAAUAAAAAGAUAAACAUUUUCAUCUGGAAUAUUUUAACGAUUUUUUUUACUUUUGUAAAUGCCGUGUCGUCUAGCCGUUAGUGAAUGCUAAGGUGGAAAAGAAAGAGAAGGUGAGUUGGCAGCCAGAUCAUCAUUUCGUUAAUUUGACUAAAGGUGUCAUUGGCGUCGUUAAACUAUGUAACCGAGAUGGCUAUUUUUGUUAUCAAACUUUUAUAUUUGUGGCUAUUAUUAGUAUUUUUCAAUAGUGACUAAUAUUGUCACAAACGUCAAAAUUUUAACUACACAGAUGAUUUUGCCUACAACAAUUACACUGUUCAUAAUACAAAUUCGCCACUAAGUGAAUUAACAUUAAUAUUUUUCAUAAAUAGGAAGGAGAGGGGGAGUGGUCCGUACAUUAAUGGGAGUCUUCGUCAGCCCAAGUGGAGGAGAACACAAGUUAUAGCCCCGUAGGACCAGUGACAAAAAAUGAGAGGAAAACCCACUAAACACCCAAAAAGAAAAAAUCAAAGUAAGCGGAAGAAACUUUCAUACUUCACAUUUUUCUCCACAGGCUAUGAAAUAUAAGGACAAAGAUAUAUGCAUUGGUGUUUCCCAAUCCCCACCUAAAUUUCAGCUUAGCGUGGUUGAUAUGUUCAAAGUAUAAGUUGGAGUCCUAAAGUCACAACUUGUUGAUUACUCGUCUCCUUAUGCAUUAAGUUCCAUGGAAAGACUCUAGUCUGGCGAGUGCUCCUCAAAGUCCGCAAGGCAUGGCUAAUUGUUAGAAACCGGAAAGAAAUUAGGGUUACCUAAGUUUGGCUGAGACGCAGACUACAUCUUUCUCUUUAAUACAUUAGCGGUACUGUCUUUUUGUGCACAAUAGACUCCUAGUCGGCCUCCUUAGGAUAAAACAAUCAUUCUAUAAUUUAUUGCUCUAUCGAUGGUUUUGUAUGUGACCCAGAACUUUCUGAAUCUCACCCUCUCAUAUAAUUCUGCUCUUCGAAUUGUAUUUAGAGGGUCUGAGGAGUGCUCUAUUAAUUUAUAGGAGCAGUAACCCAAAAUAUUUCCUCAUUUUUAAGAAUAAGUCAUGUUUAAUUAGGAAAAUUAUUACUUUCAUAAUUAAAUCGUGUUAUAAUAGAAUAAUUAUUUUAUUUGUUAAUUAUUUUCAAAGUUGCUAACACCAACACUAAUAUCAGCAAAGGCAGAGUUAGCUUAGACUCAUGCUACCAAAGGUAAGAUAGCCUAACAGUAAAACUGUUGCGACAGUGAAGGUUCGGGAGUUGUAGAUCACAGGUUUGAAUCCAAGCGAGGUCCGUUGGUGUUCCGGGAGGUACACGGCUGUUGAGGGCAAAUGCCCAUUAGCGUUGAAUUUGACACGUGGGGCUGAAGUUUCUGGGUAAUAAAAAAAAAGCUUUUGUGUAAUAUCAUAGCAAUUUAAUUAGACUCCUUCUCACUUUGUAUCUCGUAGAUACGACUAAUACAUUGACGUGCAAAGGUUUUUUUACUCCUACCUAAUUUUUAUUUGUCCAUUUUAAAUGAAGUAUUCAUUCACAAAGAAAAGAAUCUUACUAACCACAUAUUCUUAGCUAGAGAUUGAGGCUCUUUAUGCAUGAGCACUUCUACUAUGCUAUAUAGUAUUGGUGUUUUAAUGUACAAUUUAAAAUUGUACCAUAAUAUUAAAUGUAUAAGUUUAAGUUGUACCAUAAAGCAAUUUGUACCAUUAUGUUAUGGUACAACUUUACAACUUAAAGUUGUACCAUAACAUAAAGGUACAAGUUCAAGUUGUACCAUAAAAGAAUUUGUAUAAAAAGUAUAGGUACAAUAUGAAGUUGUACCAUAACGUAAAUGUACAAUUUUAAGUUGUACCAUAAAGACAAAAUCCUAUAGCACCAAUACUAUAUAGCAUUGUAAAAUUUCCCCUUUAUGCAUAUGAAUUUCACUUUUUUUGGCAAAUGUACCAAAUCUUUCAUUAAUACUACAUUAAUCAAUUAUACAUAAAAUUGAUGCUUUCCAACUUUGAUACUACAAAUGAUUUUUAAUUCGGGUCUCAAUUUUUUGUGAAUAUUAUACAACAUAUUAAUCAAUAGUAGUAGUCUAGCAAUAUUAUUUGUUUUUCGUCUACAAAAGUUAAUGGUUAGUGAGUGUUGCAUUUAGAAAAAUAUCAUGACUUUUUUAAAAUAUAAAAAAACAACUACUUUGUUCAUGUGAAAGUAGGGUGCGAAUCAUUCGGGUGACCUACAACCAAAUCCACCACCCACCCGACUAACUACACAUAUAUAUGGGAUUUAAUGACCCAUGAUACACCCACAUUAAUCACCCACCUAUAGUGGUUUGAGUUACGUUAUUCAUAGGUGGAUCGAUGUCAAACUACGGUUCAACCAAUCACAUGCUGCCCACAUCGUGAUCAACUCUCUACAGCCAAUGUCGACGUUAGAGAUAUGAUUUUUUUAAUGGUGUUGGGUUUUGUUUAUGUUGGCAUUUGGUUUCUAGUUUUCUUAUUUAUAUUGGUUGAUGUGGUGUUAGUAUUGGUUGAAUUAGUAUUAAUUGGUAUUGGUUUUUUGCUGUAACAUAUUUUUGUACUAGUAUUUUUACUAUUAUAGUGUUUUACUCAUAUAAAAACACAAUGAAUCAAAAUGUAAUCAAUAGAGAGAUUUAUUAUAUAGAACUCACAGUGUUUAUAUUGCCCUUGAUUGUCACAGUUACCACCAUAUCCUGUCCCGACUAAUAAAUACAAUCAUGAUUAUUCAUUUGUUUUUGACACAUACAUAUAUAUUGUUCCGCUGAACUUCGGUAGUUACUUGCUGCCACACACACACACAAAACAGAAAGUCCUUCCGUCCCCAUUAAACCGAUAAGUUCUCAAUAGACUUUCCGCGUCGUUGCUAUGAGACUAAUUCUACUCUCUUCCUCCGUCGACCUUCUAGCUUCCUGCCUAGCAGUCUAGCAACCCAAAUGAGAAAAGUUCCCUUCCUUCAUUGCAUGCAAUAUUCUUCCAUGGACGCUAUAGUGAUAGCAGCUAGCUACUAUUUAUAGCCAGCCUCUCAUCGAUCUCAUGGCAUCACAGCCACCAAUCAGAAUAUCACAUAAUCCACUCAAAGGUUACUUCAUUUGCAGUUCGCACUCGCAAAAAGGCUAUACUUCAUUCUACAAACGUAAGAAAAGAUGGCAAGGUUGUCUGGCCUAGGCGGAUCGUGCUCACCGGUGGCAGCUGCAGCCGCCAUAUUCAUCUUACUCGUCAACACGGCGGCGGCACAAACGGUGCAUGUCGUCGGCGACAACAUGGGUUGGACUGUUCCCCAGGGCGGCGCGCAGGCUUAUGCCACUUGGGCCACCGGCAAAACCUUCGCCGUCGGUGACAUUCUCACUUUCAACUUCGAUACCAACAACCACGACGUGCUCCAAGUGCAAAGGUCCUCAUUCGACGCAUGCACUUCCUCCGACGCCGUCGGCAGCGUCAUCAUGACCGGCCCGGCGAACGUCACCCUCGACACCGCCGGCGACCACUACUACAUCUGUACCAUCAGCAGGCACUGUGCCGCCGGCCAGAAGCUGGCCAUUACGGUAGCCUCCACCCCCGGCGGUCCCACCACGAAUCCGCCGUCGACCCCCACCAACAUGAUCCCUCCGCCUGCCGCCGGUGGUGCGCCAGACGAGGCUUGCGCUCCCGCACCGGAAGCGGCGGGUCCCACCACCAUGAUGUCUCCUCCCCCGCCGCCUUCUUCGUCGUCUCGUGCUUUCCUGUCCGUUCUCACCGUUGCCGCCGCCGCGGCGCCGUUGUUGUUCUUUGUUUUGGUUUAAUUAAUUCCCGGCAACAGUCCUACCGGCCAGUACGUCCUUUUUAAAUUUUUCGCGUUUGUAGUAAAUUUUUGGGCUUGAGUUGAGUUGCAGUGAUGAGUGUUUCAUUAUUAUAGAUUAUUUGUCGUUCUUGUGAUGAUGAUGAUGACGAUAGUCAUACUAAUAAAUAAUGAGUAUUGUUUAAUAUAUUCUGGGUUUGACUUAUCAUUCAAUUAGUUGAAGGCUCCUAUGGCCAAAGAAAAGAACCAUGAGUUCUCCAGAUCUAGUUUCACGGCGUGAUUCAUCGGUUAAGUCAUGUCGUUUCAUUACUAUAACAUUCAUUUUGAUCUACAUACGAUGGUUUUGAUUCAUCAAACCAUAACGAACUAUAUCUAACUAUAAGAUCAGAAGUAUAUUAUACUUGUAGGAGUAUACAAUUGUUACCAUAUAUACAUAUAUACAUCAAUUGAUUAAGAAGAAAGGGUACGUAGAAGAUUAUGAAAACUUUUGCACACCUGAAACAUCCUCGUAAAAUUGAGUACAUAGUAUAUUGUAGGAUUAUGCAAUCAUUAUCAUAUACAUACAUACACCAAUUAAUUAAGAAGAAAAUUACAUAAAAGAUGAUGAAAAUUUAUGCAUACCUGAAUCAUUAUCACAAAACUCGAACCGCGGGUAUAAUAUACUCUUGGAGUACUAAGUCGUUAUCGUAUACAUAUAUGUACAAUAAAUUAAGAGAAAUAGA